AAAGAACAGGAUUACCGCGGAGAGAGAGAAGGAAUUAGGUUAAAUGAAUAGCAAGAAAGAAAGCGGGAUAAAGGAAGGACAAAGCAGAGGAUAGUCUACGGUCUGCACUGCAAAGUAGGAAGAAGGAAGGAACAUCAUAAAGUGUGGAGACACGGGAGACAGCCAAAGGAGGCACACGAAGGUGCCCAAGCAAGAGGAACUGACUGAAGUCGGACAGAUUGGAAACGAAGAAAUGGAGUCUAGGCUCUGCUGCUGGUGGACCUCUCUUUGGAUUGCCAACUUAUGGCUGGGCUAUGUCACAGCUCAUCAAUACACCCUCAGCCAAAAGAGGACCACCUUUAAUGAGGCCAUGAAUGAGUGCUCCCCUGGCACCCUCGCAACCGUCAUCACCAAGCAUGAAGUCCAACAAAUACUCGAGCUGAUCAACAACUCCGUGUCACCUCAGGAAGAGUUUAUUGCCUGGAUCGGGUUGAGGAGGGAUAAGAAGGACUGUGUUGUAUCCUCAGAGCCACUACGAGGAUAUAAGUGGAUAGCCAACAGCAGCCAGGAGACACAAGUAAGCAUGUGGUUGGACGAGCCAAAGCUCACCUGCACAGAGCUGAGAUGCGCGGCAAUAAAGUGGCGCUUAGUCCAAUCCGAGGUGGAGCUGGGACUGGUCCCUGCUGGCUGUAAAAACACGCACAGGUUCAUCUGCAAACUGAGUGGUGCAGUGACAGAAAGGUCGCGUAACGGCGAGCAAACCACCCGGGCAACCGCUGCGACGGAGCCAGAACUUAAGCGGACCACCCCAGGAACGAAGAUCGCAAUGUCCAGUCCUUACCCAGUUACGCCACGACCCAAAAUACUGACCCCAGAACCAGAGGGCCAGCCCGGCGCUGGGUCGGGAACAGCCCUGGACCUGUGUCAGCAUCCCGGCAUCUCCGGGAAUCGCGCCCUUAGCCUGGACCCCAGGAACGUAAGCAAGAUCCGGGUUGAGUGCUGGUCCUCCAUCCAGCUGGAUUUGUUCUGCGCCGGUCGACCGGGCGAGUGGCGGAUGCUGGACGGCUCCCCGGCCAACCUCAGCAGCAUCUGUCUGGAGUGUGACCCCGGCUUAGAGAAGAACGCUUCCGGCUACUGCGUGGACGUCGACGAGUGCCGCGGCAGCAACCCCUGUCGGUACACCUGCCUGAACACGGAGGGUUCCUACAGGUGCCUCUGCGCUGAGCACCAUGGCAACGAGACCUGCCACGACGCAGUCACAAAGCAGGGCGCCUUUCCCCUCACCACCAUCCUCAUCCCUGCUGUGGUGGGUGCCGUGGUGCUGCUGGUGCUCAUCAUAGUCCUGGUGAUUUGCUGCUUGAGGAGGAAGUCCAAAAAACGGGCCAAACUGGAAAGUUAG